GCCGCUGGAGCUACCGGAGCCGCUGGAGCCGGAGAGCCAAGGUGCGAGCGCCGCAUCCGGGCCUGCCUUUGAGACAACCUCUGCUGCGGCGGCGGCGCAGCCAGGGAACGCCAGGCUGGGGCAGCUCGGGCCUGGUGCAGGCCUCUCCAUUGCUGUUGCCGCGGAGCCUGCAGCCCAGGUCCUCCGGCAGCCAGGGAUCAGGCUAGCUGCCUUCCCUGGGCGCCCUGUCCUGGAGCCAUGGGGCCCACCUAGCCCCUGCCUGCCCAGAUGUCCCGGCCCAGGGACUGCUGACCUCUGCUACAGGAGGAGGCCCCUCCACGCCCCCUUGCCAGCCUCAGCAGACAGAGACCCUGGGUGAGCCUCUGGGUGAACCUCACAGCCCAAGACAGCCUCCCAUACCCCCUUGUCCCCGCCUGCUUCCCCCUCCCCCUCCUCUCCCUCCCCCUCUUCGGACUGAACCAGAUAAGCCAUUGUGGCCACUAGGAGCGGGGCUGUCCUCCAAGCUGUCACCGGCUGCCCCUUGCAGUCCACGGAGUAACCGGGGUCCUCACCAGGCCUGGCAGGACCAGGAUGCAGCCCCCUCUCUUCCCCCACGGCCCCACCCAACACCCCCACCUGUGCCAACGUCCGGUCUGACUGUAGAGAGCCGGAUGCCAGCUGACCCUGGGCCCGAGGUGGGCAGCGGAUGGCCGGGCCUCCUCAUGUCCUGCCUGAAAGGCCCCCAUGUCAUCCUCAAAAUGGAGGCCAUGAAGAUUGUCCACCCUGAAAAGUUCCCUGAGCUCCAGGCGGCCACCCCCUGCUUCCCACCUGCACCCAGGCCAACUCCCACUCUGGCACCCAAGCGUGCUUGGCCCUCAGACACAGAGAUCAUUGUCAACCAGGCAUGUGGGGGGGACAUGCCUACCUUGGAAGGAGCACCCCACACUCCACCCUUGCCAAGGCGGCCCCGCAAGGGCAGUUCUGAGUUGGGCUUCCCCCGGGGGGCACCAGUGGAUGAGGUCAUUGUAAAUCAAUAUGUGAUUCGGCCCGGCCCAACAGCCUCUGCAUCUUCAUCAUCUGGGCCGGUGGUAGCAGGUGAGCCCCUGGAGUGCCCCACCUGUGGGCACACAUACAACGUCACCCAGCGGAGGCCCCGAGUGCUGUCUUGCCUGCACUCUGUGUGUGAGCAGUGCCUGCAGAUUCUAUACGAGUCUUGCCCUAAGUACAAGUUCAUCUCCUGUCCCACUUGCCACCGUGAGACUGUGCUCUUCACUGACUAUGGCCUGGCUGCGCUGGCUGUCAACACGUCCAUCCUGAGCCGCCUGCCACCUGAAGCCCUGACGGCCCCAUCCGGUGGCCAGUGGGGGGGUGAAUCCGAAGGCAGCUGCUACCAGACCUUCCGGCAGUACUGUGGGGCUGCAUGCACUUGCCAUGUUCGGAACCCACUGUCUGCCUGUUCCAUUAUGUAGUAUUCACCUGCCCACUGCUGCCUGCCGGCCCUUGCUCGCCGCUUCUUCAGGGAACUGGCCCUGUCCUGUUGCCCGCUGACCCUUUCUUGCCCACCGUGGCUUCUGGCCCUACCCCGUGUGGCAUUGUCGCUACAGCCAACUUUGCCAUUAAAACUCUUUGCCAAAGUUUGCACUUGUUCAUUGACUGAAGGUUACUCCUGUGGGCUGUGCUGGGCCCAGGGCAGGUUCCUAGGGCUGUAGUCCAAACAGGGUCUAACUGGAGCUUCUAGAAGGCGACCCAGCUCCACUCAAGGUUGGCCUACUCUGCUUGUUGAAGGCCAAGCUGGGCCAAGGGUGCUGCUCGGGUCUGGGACUGGCUAUGGACAUAAUGUUAAAG